AGCUCGUCAACCACCUCCGUAGCCUGCUAGACGACAUAGCCGAAAGAUUCAAGCUAUUUAUACGCUUUCGGUGUAUAUUUCCUACUGUAUUUUAGACACACUUCUAUCGUAUCUACUUGUUAACCUAUUUAAUUUAAUAUUACGUUAUUUUGUAUUAGUCAGCUAUAGUAGCUGGCUGGUUAAGUUAACCCUAGCCUAGUCGCUAAUGAUAGCUAGCUAGCUAACAUCCCCGAACAUGAGCUCCCUAAACUACUCCCCUCCUGUUAAAGAAGAGGAGGUCUGUUGGACGGAGGAAGAAGCUCUGGCGCUGAACAUUGUCGUGAAAGAGGAGAAGAAAGAGGAGGAUGUCACAGUAAAACAAGAAGUAGAGGGUGAGACUGUUACAGUGAAAGAAGAAGCGAAAGGCGUUUCAGUGAAAGAAGAGGAAGACCCGUUCAGAGUGAAAGAGGAGGAGGAUGUUACAAUAAAAGAAGAGGAGGAGGAUGUAGUUUUUGGAGUGAAGGAAGGGGAGAUUACUGUCACAUUGAAAGGAGAUCUGAUUAACACCAGAGAGAGAGGUGACUAUUGUGGAUCCUCUGGGGAGCCUCAACAACCUCAUGAUACUGACGAGGCAGAGAAGAGUCUCUGCAGAUCAGCACACCCCAAGAAAAACCAGCAGAGACCCAAAGGAAAGAGAACUCACCGCUGCUCUGACUGUGGGAAGAGUUUUGUUUUCUCAGGACAAUUAAAAUCACACCAGAGAACACACACAGGAGAGAAAUCAUAUAGCUGUGAUCAAUGUGGGAAGAGUUUUACUACAUUUAACAAUCUGAUGAUACACCAGAGAACACACACAGGAGAGAAACCUUAUAGCUGUGAUCAAUGUGGGAAUAGUUUUGUUUCAUCUGGGCUUCUGACUGUACAUCAGAGAAUACAUACAGGAGAGAAACCAUAUAGCUGUACUCAAUGUGGGAAGAGUUUUACUCAGCUAAGCAACCUGAUUUCACACCAAAGAAUACACACAGGAGAGAAACCUUAUAGAUGUACUCAAUGUGGGAAGAGUUUUACUCAGUCAACCAGCCUGAUAUCACACCAGAGAACACACACAGGAGAGAAACCUUAUAGCUGUGAUGAAUGUGGAAAGAGUUUUGCUACAUCUAGCAAUCUGACACUACACCAGAGAACACAUACAGGAGAGAAACCUUUUAGCUGUGAUGAAUGUGGGAAGAGUUUUACUACAUCUAGCAAACUGACUCUACACUACAGAACACACACAGGAGAGAAACCUUUUAGCUGUUCUCAAUGUGACAAGAGAUACUAUGAUAAAUGUUCUCUGAUUACACAUCAGAAAAUACAUGCAUGAAGGCGUUGUUUCAUGAUAUCAAUGAAAUUAUGUCACAAUGUUGAAUGUUUAACAAUGUAGAAGGAGUAUUUUAAUGAUGUCACAUUGUAGAACCCUAAACGUUUGCUCCCUGUUAUAUUGAUUUCAACAUGAUAUGGAUAUUAGCCUCAGGGGGAAAAUCCAGGCUCUGAAUUGAAAGAGUAAUAUUUAUAUGAUUUAACAAAAAGUGCUGUCUUACACUUACCGUGUUGGUGGCCAACUUUAAUCACACACUUUAAUAAAAAUGUAGUAAGAUGUUUUCCACAAAUUCUCCUCCAACCAGUGAUGCACACAUUAUUCUCAGAUUCCGUGUGGUUUUUGAGCUGUUAGUUUCAACAGGACGUGCAACCUCAUCUCCCUCUCGGCACAAUUGAUUUCAACAUGAUAUCGAUGAGUGAUGACAAAUAAGUUCUGCGCUUAUUUGUUUAGCGACCCCUACAUUUAAAUGCAUCACUCCAAAAUGUAGCUGACUGUCUUCUGCAGAUUGUCCUCUAACCAGUGAGGUGAAAUAUAUCUCCCAUUUCCAUGUGUUUUCUUUAGUUGUGUUAGGUACAACCCGAUUCCCCCCCCCCCCUAAUUGAUUUCACUGAUUUAUUGCUACAUGCCAAAACAACAGCGUUUCUGGUUCUUGUGCAGUACGUAAGAUGCCUGUUUAAAAAUACAAGUAAUAUGUAUUAUUGUGGCAGAUGUUUGUGUUUAUAUAGCUCAAUUUAUCACAAACUGUUUCUGCAUAAUGGUUAUUGAUUUGGACACAUUAAAACUUUGUUUUGACAUUGGGCUAUCCCACCUAGCAAAAUGUAAUUGAAAAGACGUUGAGAAGAACACUGCCCGAUGUCCAAUAUACGUUCGGUUGAAGUGAAAGUUGAGAUGUCAUUUUUUCAAUUCACUUGCAGCCUAUACACAUGGACGCAGUAUAACAAAUUGGUCUGUAAUCAAUUUUAUUCGCAUUCUUACAUCACUCCAAUAUUUCUUUGCGACUUUCAAACAUCCCACUGUCGAAGAAGCAUGUCUCAAAUCCCCUCAUAUUUCAAACAUUCAGCCUGACAAAAUAUACAUGUUUUAUUAUUCCAUGCCUCACCAUUAAAUUAAUUAUUGCCAAUGCAUAUUAACAAAGGGACAUUUGGUUUUCAUAUUUACAUUUAGUAAUAAUAAUUAUUUAUGCAACCAACUGACAAUUUUUGGGUACAAUUAUAUUGACAUUGUUAUCCUGCUUUUAGAAUAUCAUUGUUCAUUCUCAGAUGCUAUUACAUUUGGUUUGGCACAUGACAUUAGGGACUGGGCCCCGAUCCAACAACAUGCCUAUCUAGUGAGCCCUGAAAGAGAGAGAAGCUCUGCAGUGAGGUGGAAAGUUACUACGGAUAUUGCAGGAGUUUCCUCUUGAAAUCAGACAUGUCCGUGGUAAGGACAACUUGGUUGUUGAUUGUCUUCAGGGGGGUGUCGUCAAAAAGUUUUGUGUUUAGCCAGUGCGUUGCCAUGGAUCACAAUUGAUUUUGACUGCAUGUUUUUCCGUAUUGGAGAUGAGUUUUGUUUGGGCUCGUUCCAAGGGGACGAGAGUUCUAGAAGCUCGUGAGUUAAAAAAAAUAAUAUUGUAGAAAAAAAUAUUUAGAAAUGUGUUUUUUCUUGUUUUUAAUUGUUGACAGCCAGUAGACACCAUGUUUAUAUUGUAGAAGGUGAAGCAUUGUUGUUCAUUUUAAUAGGAAUUGGAAGUUGUUUUCUGUUGGUGGUGAGUAAACUUGUCCAACAAAGGUAUAGGAUAUAUUUGUUGUCUUAAGGGAGAAGUUGUUACAGGCUUUGGUUUUUCCAUUUAUGUUUUGAGGUUGGACUUUAGCAUAUAUAGCUCGUUAGCACUGUGAGGGAAUUUUCUGUUAAACCUUACUAAUGCAUGUGUAGCAAAAUAUAAUUAUUUAAGCCGAGGCAUUGGGCUUGAGAUAGAAGUUUGGUAAAGAACCUAUAACAUAGAAAAGUGUGUUGAUAGAGGCCUGUUCUAACUGUUCUGGGUGUGUAGAAUGAACCCAUGAUGUUCAGACACUCAGCCAAGAAUAUGACAGAAACUGACUGGUUCCUCUUGAUCCUCCACAGAGUAAAGGUUAUAUCCUGCACACCAGUAACAGAGCUAUUGUUUUGGAGCCUGUUUCUGGGGAAAGAUUGUGGUGGAGAAAUCAGAAUUAGCUCAGUAACAUAGAUAAUUAAGAUGUCUUAUCUGCAGAAUAUGCUGAUAUGAACUAUUGACCUCUUGCUAUUAGAAUGUCUCCUUUCUGACUCUGGUGUUGGCAGCCACACUUCCUUCCUCAAAUGGGCCUCAGUCACCUUGGGUCCAAAGAGGGGAGAAGUCAGGCUUAUCCAUCACAUGUCCCUGUUGCUAUGCAGAAUAUCAGCAUCGAUCACAUGUCCCUGUUGCUAGGCAGAAUAUCAGCAUCGAUCACAUGUCCCUGUUACUAGGCAGACUAUCAGCAUCUUUCACAUGUCCCUGUUGCUAUGCAGAAUAUCAGCAUCGAUCUCAUGUCCCUGUUGCUAGGCAGAAUAUCAGUAUCUAUCACAUGUCCCUGCUGCUAGGCAGAAUUUCAGCAGGGAGGAAGGCAAAAGAGAUCAGAAGGAAACGUUGUUUCCAUAUGUGAACUGUGUGUUUAUUGCGAAACAUGUGAAGGGAUAGCAUGAGUAAUGGGGAACCAAUCACUUGUCUCCACAGUGUCUGUGCAUCAGUCACCUCCUAGGGGGAGAUUGUAUUUGGGGCCCAAGGCCUGGCACAGGAUGUGUGGGGUUGGUGUUUGGAACCAUUGUACGUCAUCUCUGAAGUUGCACCUAUCCUGAGAUAGUAUACAACCCAGAAGCAAGCCUCCCUGUUAAUGAUUAUGGGUAGAAUUUCCACCACAGCAACUAGGGCGAACUGAUUGGUAUCACCUCGUUAGUCAGAAUGUGUUGGCUUGUCCAUCUUAGGGUUGGAUGUUGCAUCCAAUUGUUAGUAUUGUAAUCAAUGACAUUUCCUUAGGGUGCUCAUUAGUCUUUCAGUUGUUAUUCUUCUGUUUUUUAUCCUCUUAUAUUGUGCAGUAAAUAUGUCUGUUUAUUUUCAUUGUUUUUAUAAAAAAAAUCCUGUGAAGUCAUUGUGUUGCCUCCAUGUCUGAAAUGUGGUGUAUAAAUAAAGCUUGAUUUGAUUUGAA